AUGUCAACAUCCAUCAGUGAAACUCUGGUUCAGAGUAAGGGAUCCCUCAAUGGCGAUCGCUCCAACCUCAUUCCCUUCUCCUCGCGGCUUCAUAGUGGCCGCGCCCUAGCACAAGACGUGUGGUCAAUCUACAACGUGGCGAACCUCCCUGCAGACUGUAUCAACCUUGGGCAAGGGUAUAUGAACUUUCCACCCCCAAAAUGGGUCACAGACGCCGCAGAUGAAGCUCUCAGAUCGAUUUUGCCCAAUCACUAUUCGCACCCGAAAGGCCGCAUUCGUCUGCGGAACGCUAUUAAAGACUUCUAUCAGAAGUCCUUCAAUCGAGAUCUCGAUGUCGAGAGAGAGAUUCUUGUGACAAGUGGAGCAAACCAAGGACAGUAUUCCGUGUUCACUGCGUUCCUUGAGCAUGGAGACGAAGUGAUCAUGUUCGAGCCCUUCUUCGACCAAUAUCUACCAUCUGUCACAUUCAACGGUGGAACACCCAUUUACGUUCCCCUUCAUCCUCACUCCGAUGGUGCGUGGAGGAUCGACUUCGAUGAAUUGCGUCGUGCCAUCACUCCAAAAGCAAAAAUGAUCAUCAUCAACACCCCUCAUAACCCCGUUGGUAAGGUCUUCACGAGAGAAGAGUUAGAGAAAAUAGCUGCUCUCGCGGAGGAAUUUAAUCUCCUAGUGAUGGCGGAUGAAGUGUACGACUGCCUCGUCUUCGAUGGAAAGGAACAUGUCCGCUUUGCCUCGCUACCAGGGAUGUGGGACCGCACAGUAACUGUGUUGUCUGCUGGCAAGGCGUUCGCUGCCACAGGUUGGCGUGUAGGCUGGCUAAUUGGCCCACCAUCAAUCAUCGCCCCCACCCUCGCCGCCUGCACGCGAAUCGUGUUCUGUUCAAACUCUCCGCUACAGGAAGCUGCUGCUGCUGGGCUCGAGCAAGCCGCAGAACGCGGAUUCUUCGAGACUCAGCUUAAGGAGUAUCAGGAGCGGCGUGAUGUCCUCCUUAGCGCGUUCGACAAGCUUGGCUUGAAAUACAGUCUUCCCGAGGGAAGCUACUUUGUGCUUUUGGAUAUCUCACGCGUCAAGUUCCCUGAAGACUACCCCUUCCCAGCAUCGGUUCAGGGGCGAGGACGCGAUUUCAAGGCAUGUUGGUUCAUCGCACUUGAAAUCGGUGUAUCAUCUAUCCCUGUCAGCGAGUUCUUCUGUGAGGACCAUUGUAGCAUUGGUGAGAACUUUGCCCGCUUCGCAUUCUGCAAGGAUGUGGAGACACUCAGAAAGGCUGGGGACCGUUUGCAAGGUUUGGCGAAGUAUCUCGUGUAG